CACCAAGCGAGACUCUCUCGUCUGGCCGUAGAGUGGGAAGCACCCAGUCACACUGAAUGAAGCCCGCAUUGCGUGUGUGCGUGUGUGAGUGUGUAUGUCUGUGCGACUGAUUACCACACUACACACUACACGCCGGCACCGGGUCGAUAAUACAGCUGUGUGUUUACCUGUUUCAAUAUACACCCAACUUUAAUCUUUGGACAUCACUUUAUACCAAGGAUACGAAGGAGACUCUUAUCUCCCCUGACACGCCAGCAUAGACAAUGUCUUCCGGGAAGAAGAAAUCGUCAGACGGUGGUUGUUUGUGUUGUUGCGACAGCGACGAAGAGGACAGCUAUGAUCCGUAUAUACCGAAACCCAGUCCAGAUUCAGACAAAACCAAGUACGAGACGAUAAGGAGACUUUGCCUCAACACCAACACACUCUAUGAAGAUCCGGAUUUCCGGCCUGAUUCCAGCAACCUCAACAGCAGUGGAAUUGUCAAUGGUGUUCUCUGGAAAAGACCGCAUCAAAUCACCCCCAACCCUGUGUAUAUACACCAAGGAGCUGAUUACAUGGACGUAGACCAAGGACAAUAUUUAGGUGCUUUCCGAUUCCGGUUCUGGUACCGGGGCCGUUGGGUGGAGGUGGUGGUUGACGACCGCCUUCCUACCUACAACGGCCGGCUCAUCUACGGUUCGAACCGCAGUGUGCCCAGCGAGUACUGGCUGCCUCUCCUGGAGAAAGCUUACGCAAAGCUCUAUGGCGGCUACCAAGACAUCCACUUAGGGUACGUAGAUGUGGCCCUGGAAAAUCUGACGGGUGGUGUGGUAGAGCUGGCUUUUUUUGACCGACGCCUGGAUCACGAAAAGUUCAACCAGGGUGUUCUCAAGUUCCACAAAAUGAACAGCUUCAUGUCAGCUUUUAUAAAGAAAGAGAAGAACAUGUCACCUCAAGAAAUUGAACUCCCCACUGGUCUUUAUGCUGGUCACGCCUACAGUAUCAUAGAUGUUAUUCAGGUGGAUACUACAAAUGGUCUAAGGACUCUGCUUCAUGUACGAAAUCCUUGGGGCUUUGGAGAGUGGAACGGUCCUUGGAGUGAUGGUUCCCCAGAGUGGCACACUAUUAUUGGCCCUGACAGGAACCGCAACUUCCGUGUUCGGGAUGACGGAGAAUUCUGGAUGAGCCUUGAAGAUUUUAUGGGAAACUUUACAGGAGUGGCAAUUGCCCAUCUGAACUCUGAUGAGAUCACUACAGCUUUGGCUGCGAACUUGCACCGAACUCCAUGGCGCAUGAAAGAACUUGAAGGGACUCGCAAUUACAAAGGCUCCUCUAAAGGCGGGCACAAACACGGGGGGAGUCCGGGUAAGCCACCUCCCAAGAGGUCAAAGGCGAAAGGCAAGAGAAAGUGGUCCAACCCUCAGUUGGAACUGAGGUUACCGGAAGCCAAGACGCCGACGUAUGUGGUGGUGUCACUGGUGGAGAGUAAUUCCAGGGCCGUUUGCGAAGAGCACGCACCAGACCCAAUAUUUCUAAAGCGUGAAAAAGGAAAACAAGUCCAUCGCAUCAAGCCAGAGCACUCCUGUGAGAUUCAUCCUUGUUGUGACGAGAGUUCUGGGCGCGCCAAGCCCUUCGUGUCGAGGACUGCCCAUUUUCUCAUGGGUCCCAACGACAGAGUGAUAGUCCCCUGUUUUAUACGGCCAGACACACAGGCAGAGUUUCUGUUCCGCGUAUUUUGUGAGGAAGAAGUAGAAAUCACGGUUGUCGAAGACCCGAUCGAGGUUACAGAGGAAUGAUGCGGACAG